AGCGCUCCUGCGGGUUACCGUAGUGACGUCACGGGGGAACACAUUUGAAUAGUUCCUGAGAAACUCGUGGUGUGAGAACUGGGACACAUUAAUAGCUCAUAUUUCCGCCGUCUGGAGUGAUAUAAGCCUGAAAACAAGCAUGAACGUUCAGCCUUCAAACCCCAAUAACCCGAUAGUGUUUUUCGAUGUCACCGUUGGAGGACAAGAAGUGGGCAGAAUGAAGAUCGAGCUUUUUGCUGACAUUGUUCCGAAGACUGCAGAAAAUUUUCGGCAGUUCUGUACUGGUGAAUUCAAGAAGGACGGUGUUCCUGUAGGCUAUAAAGGCUGCACAUUUCAUCGGGUGAUAAAGGACUUCAUGAUUCAGGGUGGUGAUUUCGUCAAUGGGGAUGGCACUGGUAUCUGCAGUAUCUACAGGGGACCGUUUGCAGAUGAGAACUUCAGAAUGAAGCAGUCUGGCCCAGGACUCUUGUCAAUGGCAAACAGUGGACCUGGAACAAAUGGCUGUCAGUUUUUUAUUACCUGCACAAAGUGUGAUUGGUUGGAUGGGAAGCACGUGGUAUUUGGAAAAGUGGUGGAUGGUUUGCUUGUCAUGAGAAAAAUUGAGAAUGUACCAACAGGACCCAACAACAAGCCUAAGCUGCCCAUUGUCGUUGCCCAGUGUGGAGAAAUGUGAUGUAUUACACAUCAGAAAAGACAUGUGACCUUUGCUUUAAAGAAAACAGACAAGCUAUUUCGGACAGACUAACUUAUCAUCAUCUCCAUUGCAAAUCGUGUCAUUUUUGUAUAGGUCAUUUUGUGGAAUUGCCUGAUUUUUUGUGAAAAAUUCUUGGUUGAACGAGUUUGUAAUUUUAUAUUGUACAAUGUAAGUCACAGCAGAAUUUGCAUGUUAGCACUCGACACUGAUUCAGAGCAGAUUUCACCAUUAGCUCAUCUGACUUUCUUUUAUCGACAUUUGCAUUUAUGACCAAACUUGAACAUUCAAGACAGAAACAUGUAUUCUUUGUACAUUCUUUUAUUUUGAUCAGCCUUUAGAAAUGGCCUUAAGACCGUUGAGGGUUUUCUUAGCCUUGUAACUUAAUAAAUGUUGACCCGUGUUUUUUUUUUUUUUUUUUUUAAGUCAUCGUUUUACAUUCUUUAUUUCACUUCAGAUUCAGUGAGAAUUGAAAUCAAGAGACGUUUCCUGAAUUGUCAAGGUCUUCGAGUUUAUGAUACUGAGCCAACACCUUAAAGGACAUCUUAAUGCAAAUUCCUUAUGGUUGUACUCCCUUUGUCUUCUUGCUGCCUACCCUAACCCAAAGCCCCUUCCCCCAUCUCUUGGACCGUGUCCCACGUGCACAAAAGGGCUCUUUCAGCUGAAGUGCAGGAAGAGUUUGGACUCGGUGGGAGGCUUCUGGGGUCAAUGUUAAAGCCCGUCUUUGUGUGGGACAACAGGGCCAUUAACAAUAAAAUCACACUUCAACCAGGUCUCCUCCACGGUAGUGCCAAAAACAUAUUUACAUGACAAAAGGCAAGGGGGUAGCGUGGGUCUGUCUCAAAUGGUCAUUGAGUGCUUCCUUUAUAAUGCGGUGGGAGAAGUCAGUGAUGGGAUUUAUUUACAUUGAAGUCAUGGAUUGAUUCAGGUUCUGAUUGGUUCACUGAUGAGUGAAGCUAUUCAUACCUGCUUCAUUUCUGUCUUUGUCGAUUUGAUGUCUGUUAAAUAUUUUGCA